AUGACUGUGAUUGAAUCACUAUUACGCACACGGAUCUUGUUCCUGACACAGUUGUUUGGGAUUUUUCUGUCUUUUCCUGGACUCACACAGGCUGGACAUCAGCGCUACCACAGUCCCACAGAAGUAGUGAUUCCAUUGAAAGUAACGGGGAAAUCCAGAGGCAUGAAACCUCCAGGUUGGAUCUCCUACAGCUUGAAACUUGGAGGACAGAGACAUAUUAUCCACAUGAAGAUCAAGAAAUUUUUUUUAAUCCGGAACCUCCCAGUGUUCACCUACUCUGACCAGGGUUCUCUGCUUGAAGAUCACCCUUUUGUACAGGAUGACUGCUACUAUCAUGGUUAUGUAGAAGGUGACCCGGAAGCCUUAGUUUCCCUCAACACUUGUUUUGGGGGCUUUCAAGGACUAUUAGAGAUAAAUAACACGAUUUAUGAAAUCAUGCCUAAGAAGUCUUCUACCAAAUUUGAACAUCUGGUUUAUAAAAUGGAUACUAAUAAAACAGAAUCAAGGAGUUCCAGCCUCCUGCAAGAUAAUAUAACAUGCCAAGUAGAAUUACAAAAAACUGGAAAUUCUACUCUAAAGCAAAGUGGUUUUGAAGGCUGGUGGACCCAUACUAGAAUGAUUGAAUUAGUAGUCGUGGUGGAUACGACUUUGUAUGAACACUAUAAAAGUAAUGACACAAUAAUGAUGUCAGACCUAUAUGCUGUGAUAAGUAUGGUGGAUAACAUUUAUAAUGUAAUUGGGAUUGAUAUAUUGUUGGUUGGUUUGGAGGUCUGGAAUAAGAGAAGUCUAAUUGUAAUAGAUGACGUAAGAAAAUCUCUUACUCUGUAUUGCCAUUGGAAAGUCGCAAACCUUCGAUUAAAACAUGAUACCACACAUCUUUUCAUAUACAAGCACUUGAGAGGAUUAAGUGGUUUAGGCGCAACAAGAGGUGUGUGUGACCCAUAUCGUAGUUGUGCAAUUGUUACUUUCAUAAACAGAACUUUAAACCUUCGUGCCCUUGGAGUGGCUCAUCACUUAGGUCAUAAUUUGGGCAUGAAACAUGAUGACGAAGAAUGUAAGUGUAGAUACAGAAAAUGCAUAAUGCACAUUGAUAAUCCACCAAUACCCAAAUUUAGCAACUGUAGUUACAAUUCUUUUUGGCGUUAUGCUAUAGAGGAAACACACUGUUUGAUGGAAAGCAUGUACACAAAGGAUAUUUUCAAUAUGAAGCACUGUGGAAAUGGUAUUGUUGAAGAUGAAGAACAGUGUGACUGUGGAUCUUUACGGCAUUGUGCAAAAGAUCUCUGCUGUAUGGCAAAUUGCACUCUGAGUUUGGGGUCUUCCUGUGCCUAUGGACUUUGUUGUAAAAACUGCCAAUUUUUACCAUCAGGGGUGGUGUGUAGAAAAGAGGCUAAUAUGUGUGAUCUCCCAGAGUGGUGCAAUGGAACAUCCCAUAAGUGUCCAGAUGAUGUAUAUGUGGAAGAUGGAAUUCCCUGUAAUGUCUCAGCCUAUUGCUAUGAAAAGCAAUGUAAUGACCGUAAUGAACACUGUAGGAAGAUUUUUGGCCAGCAAGCAAAGGCUGCAAAUACAAAUUGCUACAAAGAAGUACACUCUAAAGGGGAUCGUUUUGGCCACUGUGGUCUUCAGGGACACGGGUACAAAAAAUGUGAAGACAAUGAUGCCCUUUGUGGGAGACUUCAGUGUGAUAAUGUGUCAGUAAUUCCCCGUAUGAAAAGUCACAACACUGUGCACUUCACUGUUGUCAAAGGCAUGUCUUGCUGGGGUACUGAUUACCACAGUGGGACACGGCUCGAUGACACUGGUGAUGUGAAAGAUGGUACAGAGUGUGGUCAAGAUCACAUCUGCAUCGGUAGGCGUUGCAUCCAUAUAUCGGUGCUGGACAGCAAUUGUUCACCUACAUUCUGUCACAAGAGGGGCAUUUGCAACAAUAAACACCACUGCCACUGUAACUAUUUGUGGGAUCCUCCUAACUGCGUGACAAGAGGCUAUGGAGGUAGUGUAGACAGUGGCCCGCCUCCCAAGAUAAAGAAGAAGAAAAAGUUUUGUUACCUGUGUCUAGCACUGUUCAUUGUUUUGUUUAUUUUACUGUUAUGUCUUUGCUGGCUGCUUUAUCCGUGGAAAGAAAGUAUACCAAAGGAGCAGGACAAGCCUACAUCUGAAAAAGCAAAAACAGAUUUAAGCAAAGCACCUGAAAAAACAAAACAAGAUUUAAGCAAACCACCUGAAAAAACAAAACAAGAUCUAAGCAAACCACCCAGUUUAGCAGGUUCCCGGAGUCUGCCUCCAUCAAAAGUGCCAUCAGUAUCCUCAAAUGUGCCAUCAGUACCACCUUCAAGAACUUCUUCUGUAAAAAGUAUCAAAUAA